CUCUUUCUUUUCAUGGUAAGGGGUUUUGAAUUCCCCUCUCUUUCACUUCUCCCUCCCCAAAAUGGCCACCUCUGUUCUCCUCCGCAGACGCCUCUUUUCCCUAAACCCUAAACCCUUCCACUUUCUCUCUCUAAAACUCCUUUCUUCUCUCUCCUCCACCCCGUCCACCUCUGGCCCCACGCCCUCUGAACCCUCGUCUCUCUCCGCCCGGAUGCGCUUCGUCUUUGAUCAAAUUGACGCCAUCGAGAAAGAGCACGCCGAGAAAGACCAGACACUCCAACGCAUACGCGCUUGGCGCGAAUCCAAGAAGUCCGCCACUCUAUCACAGUCCCAACCCCAGCCGCAAUCGCAAACUCAGAGCGAGGUUUCAGAUGUCGAUUCGGUUCCUGAUAAGUCGAAGGAGAUGGACUCGGAGAAGGAGAGGUGUUCUGUUGUGGGUCACGGCGGGGGGUUGAUGGAUAAGGAGGUGGAGUUGGUGCACCCUUGGCCGGAGUGGAUUGAGCUGAUGGAGAGGCUGGUGCAGCAGAAUUACUUCGAUCAUAAGAGGAAAGACGAGGAUAAAAUGAUUGAAGACUUGGGGUUUAGUGUUUCCGAUGCCGUAGAACAUGAAGGGUUCGAUUUUACUAGGGAUUGGAAGACUGUUCAGACUGCUGUUCUCAACUUUGGUCGCGAUAGAUUUGACAUUUUAAGGGCAUUGUCAAGACAUGAUCUUCAAAUUUUGGUUGGCUAUGGAUGCCCUAGUGCAGACAAGAGGGUUGUAUUUUCUGCCAAACUAUUGAGGAAACAUGUCCAUCUUGAUGAAGGAGAUGUGUGUAGUUCCUGCAAUUUGAGGAGCUCUUGUGAAAAAGCUUACCUACUUACAAAUAAGGAGGAUGAGGCUAGGACUAUUGAUGUUAUGCGUCUCUUAUUGACAUAUGCUUUUGAUCCUGUGAAUGGUUCAGUUGCUAAUAAGUCUCUUCUGAAGAUGAAAUCUGUGAAGAGUGUUAUACGGAAGUUGCUUCAUGAAGUGGUCAAGUUAAGUGCUGUUCCAAUAGAUCCAAAUCUUCCACCUCCUAUUAUCAAAAAGCCUCCACCAAAGGUGAAACAGCCGCCUCCUCCUCCUAAGAAGCGAGUUGGGCGUGAUGACAUUGAAAUGAAAAAAGGAGAUUGGCUGUGCCCAAAGUGCGACUUUAUGAACUUUGCCAAGAAUACUGUGUGUCUACAGUGUGAUGCCAAGCGUCCAAAGAGACAGCUGCUUCCAGGAGAAUGGGAAUGCCCCCAGUGCAAUUUCUUAAACUAUCGGAGAAAUGUGGUAUGCUUUCAUUGUGAAUUCAAGCGCCCACCAGAUGAUUACACUGAAAGUCAACUUAAGGAGAGGCAGCGUGGUCCCAGAAUGAGUUUAGAUAAUAAGAUGCCAGCUAGGGUUGCUAGGCAGGAUGUCUCUAAUGCUUGGAAUUUUAAUUUUGAUGAUGAUGAGUCAGAUGGUGCAGAUGUUGCUGCCUUUGAGUAUGCUGAUUCUAAAAAAUUGGAUAUCGAUUUUCCGCUAGACAAGCAAGUAGAAGUAAUUUCUAGGCCUCCAAAGGGGUACGAGACAGAUUUUUCUGGACCACAGAAACGAGGACUAGGAUUUAAUGAUUUUGAUGAUGAGGAAGAUGAUAUUGACAGUUAUGAGGUAGAUACUCGAAAUGAAAUACAGAAAAAUUCUCAAAUCAAUUACUCAGAGCUUGAAGUUAACUCUGAAUCUGAAGAUAUGGAUGAUGAUAAUCUGCUCAGCCGUCGCCACAACUCUUUGACUGAUAGAAAAUCCAAGUCAAUGCGUGAGAGGGUCACUUUGCCUGGUUCUGAGGAUUCCGAAAUUGAUUUUGAUUCUGACAAUGAACAUCCAAUUCGUUCAAAUAGGAAAUAUACAUCUAAACCAAGAACUACCACUAGGCAUUCCUCAAGUUUUGAGUCAGAUGAUGAUGUUGGUCUUAGUUCUGGCAGUGAAAUUGAUGAGGAUUUCAGAAGCCGGCAGAGGAAAGGAAAUAAAUCCAUUAGGGAUUUUGGGAGGAGAGGAAGCUCCAAGAAUAAAGGAGAGCAUUUCUCUGAUUUAGAGACUGAUGAUGAUGACCUAAAUUAUCACACAAGCAGACAAAGAGGUAUUGGAACUGGUCGAAAUGGCAGAUUGAAUCCCACGAAUCGCAGUGACAAGAUUGCUAGGAAAAGUAACUCUUUUGUGGAUGACUCCAACAGAAGAACAAGGGAUUUUCACAGGAACGGCAAGGGUAUUAAAGAUAAUAGAGACUCAUAUAGAACAGAUUCUACAUAUGGUGAAUCAUGGAACAGAAGUGGUAGAGGAUCCUAUAAUAGGGGUCAGGGAAGCAAUAACUAUGGUAAUCGACCAGACAGUUACCUAGAUGAUGAAAGAUACAGGAGGCCAAGAAUAAAUGUCAGAUGAAAUUGAUACAUGAUGAACAAUGUUUCAAGCUUUCAAUUGAAGGAUCUAGCAAUUCAAGUAGUUUUUCUCUAAAGAAGGUAAUUUUUAGAAUUUCUAAUGCUUCUGAGUAAUCUGCAGCUUGAGAGGAUGAUAUCUGGCACAUUAUCUGUCAACACCUGAGUGUUACUCUGGAUUUUUUAUUUGAAGACUUGGUGAAGUUAACGCAGGAAAAAGUGAGCAAGUAAAAGACAGACUGACUGACUGACUAGGCAUGACAGAAUUACCUUAUCUGGCUGAACGAAGUUGGUAGAAGUGAGACUUAUUUAUACAACAAUUACCCUUUUGUCAUAUUUAGGUUGCCCAUGUGAUUACUCUUACAUAGGCUUUCAAGCAAGCAUUCCAUUGAGGUCUGCUCUUAACAAGUUACAUGGUAAUAUCAGGAGGGUAACCUUCAUAUCAUAUUUAUACGCCCAAGCAGAGUGUAUGCAACUAAGGCGGUAAGCCAAGCAGCCCAAGUGGCAUUCCACUGCUACUAUACUAACUUGGUGCCAGGAUCUUGCUCUGGGUGUUUGUAAAGACAGGCCUUGUAUUAUGAAGUUUCAGCGCUAACCGGGUGGUGGAGAAGACAAGUGUGGAAGGGCAGGGUAAUGAAAUACUUGUGGUUUUCUGUGGAUAUAUUGGGUAUUUGCAUUGUUCUUAUCACUUGCUUUCUUUUAUGGUUUGUGGACAACUAAACUAUGUUUCUAAUUAUUUUCAAAAAAAAAAAAAACUAUGUUUCUAAUUACUAAAGAAGAAUGUGUUGUAGUUUCAAUCUUGCUAAAAACUUAGGCUUCUUUGGA